ACAGGAGAGAACCCAUGUUUGAGUCUUUAACCAGGGAGCAAGACUUAGAAAACAUAUAUUUGGCCGGAGGAUCAAUGAACUGGUGGAAGAGGAGAUCCCUGAGGAGGAAGAAGGAAGACAAGAGGCAGAAGCCGUGGUUCUUGGAAACAGGAAGCGCCUUUCUCGAAGAACUCAUUGCUGACUGCAACGGCAAGUCCAAUCCCAUCCGCAUGUUUUCCUCCAACCAAAUCCUCGGAGCCACCGACAACUUCGAUUCGAGCUGCUAUGUUUCCGAUGAAUGGAACUUCACCUGGUUCAGAGGCGUCAUAGAUGACAGAGUUUACGCGAUCAAGGUAUACCAUCAAUCCACUCCAAACGAAUCCUAUAAGAAAAAGGUUUACAACGAUAUCGUGAUAUCUAUUCGGGUGAGCAAUCACGGCAAUUUUCUCAAAGUAUUGGGAUGCUGCCUUGAGUUCCCCCUCCCGGUUCUUCUUCAUGAAUACCCCGACAACGGAGCUCUCCACAAUACCACCAGAGGUAGUUGUAGUGGAGAUGCCGGACCGUUACUGCCUUGGAACCUGAGAGUGAAGAUCGCAAAGGAGAUCGCUUAUGCUGCUGCGUAUCUCCACAAGGCGUUUCCAAGAAUCAUUAUACACAGAGACAUAAAGCCGUCCAAGAUAUUCUUGGACAAGAACUGGACAGCCAAGCUGACCGAUUUCUCGGUUUCCAUAUCGCUCCCCGAGGGCAAAUCACGAGCUGAAGAUGUUAUCGUUGGAACAUACGGGUAUAUAGAUUCGAGAUAUAUGGAAACUGGGGUUGUGGCAAAAUCAUCAGAUGUAUUCGGCUUUGGAACCUUUUUGACGGUUCUUCUUACAGGCCGGCCGGAUCUUUCCAUUGAUGAACAUUCUGUUUGGGUUCGUGAUUAUCUGAAAUCCAUACCCGAGAAUGGAGCGUACACCGCUGAAACCAUGGAUCGGGUGAUGACCGAAGAGAUGACGGAUCAUCAAAGACCGCAGGUGGAAGAGUUUCGUAAGUUGGCGCUGAGAUGCUGCGAGGAUGCGGAAGAUGACAGACCGACUAUGAUCCAAGUUGCCAAGGAGCUUAAGCAGAUAGAGACAUCUCUUUAUGCUGCGACUCGAGCAUUGGUACUCCUUAACAGGGACGAUUCGAUAUAGCUAGCGCUCCUUAUUUUUCCGAUCAAGUUUGAUCACUUGCCCAUACAAAUUCCGUAAUUUUUUGUAUACGGUCGUCUGAAUUAAUGGUUAUAAACAUUUCGUUUUUAAAAAUUCCCCCUUUUACUUAUAAAUAGUUGUAUAAUGUUGUUCUUAUUUUCAUCCAAUUUAUGUCGUAUUCUCAACCAGACUUCGUCUUAGAUAUAUUCUUCUUUGUCUUUCUUCUUGUUAUUCAAUAAACUCAAAGUUAAGUUGGUUAA